GGUCGUCAGUCAGUUCGACAGUCGGUGAAAAGUUGGUGCUUGUGUUAAGUGAAAAUACAGUUUUUUUUUAGUGAAUCAUCAUUAAGAUGUCCGUUGUGCCGAUGUUGUUCCGUGAUUGGUGGGAGGAUUUCGACACUCCACUCCGUUCGUCCAGGCUGCUAGAUCAGCAUUUUGGCACCGGUUUGCGUGCGGACGAUCUUUUCUCAUCCUUCCCGGCCCGGACACCGCUCUCCUCGCCGUCACUGCUUCGUGGCGGUUACUACCGACCGUGGCGUAACACUGCCCUCACGCGGCAAGAUUCCGGCUCGACGCUCAACCUCGACAAGGACCGGUUCCAGAUUAUUCUGGACGUGCAGCAAUUUACGCCGGAGGAAAUCACCGUCAAAACCAGCGACCGGUGCGUCGUGGUGGAGGGCAAACAUGAGGAGAAACAGGACGAGCAUGGUUUCGUGUCACGUCACUUCACGCGCCGCUACAUGCUACCAAGUGGCCACGAUCCGAACGAUGUUGUGUCGACACUCUCGUCGGACGGUGUGCUCACGGUGACCGCACCGAAAAAGUCGCUGCCAGCCCCAAACCCGGAACGUAGCGUACCGAUCCAGCAGACGGGACAACCGGCUAAGGACAAGCAGGAAGCUCAACCGAGCGUAGAGGGAGCGAAGUAAAGAUUGGAGUAUUUAAGAUGGAGAAGGACAUGAUCGAACACACAUAAACAAACGCAAGAGUAUUAGAUUGGAUGUAUUUGCUUAGAGUAGGCGCUACAGGGUGAGGUUCGAUCUAUAUUCUGCCUAUUUCAUUACUGAACUGAUCGUACAAUAAAACAAAAUGCUAUUUUAUUUUUAUGUUUAA